AUGCUUGGAGACCCCGUCAGGCUUGGCGCGCUAAUCCUCGGCUAAAUGCGCGCUAGUGGCAGACGCACAAUGAGGAGUCUGUCGAACUUUGCUUUCGACAGGACCUCCAAUCUCUACGACUAACCUCCUCGCACAACAGUCAAUAUGGCCCGUGGACCCGUCAAGCACCAGAAGCGCCUCAGCGCGCCCUCGCACUGGCUCCUGGACAAGCUGUCCGGUGCUUAUGCUCCCAAGGCCUCCCCCGGUCCUCACAAGCUCCGCGACUCCCUUCCCCUCAUCAUCUUCCUCCGCAACCGCUUGAAGUAUGCGCUCAACGCCCGCGAGGUCAACGCCAUUCUCAUGCAGCGCCUCGUCAAGGUUGACGGCAAGGUCCGCACCGACUCCACCUUCCCCUCGGGAUUGAUGGACGUCAUCUCCAUUGAGAAGACCGGCGAGAACUUCCGCCUGAUCUACGACACCAAGGGUCGCUUCACCGUCCACAGGAUAACAGACGAGGAGGCACAAUACAAGCUCGGCAAGGUUAAGCGCGUCCAGCUUGGCAAGGGCGGAAUUCCCUACUUGGUUACGCACGAUGCGCGAACAAUCCGCUACCCCGACCCAGCUAUCAAGGUCAACGACACCGUCAAGGUCGACCUCGCCACUGGCAAGAUCUCUGACUUCAUCAAGUUCGACACUGGUGUCAUUGUCAUGGUUACCGGUGGUCGUAACAUGGGUCGUGUUGGUGUCAUCACUCACCGUGAGCGCCACGACGGAGGCUUCAACAUUGUCCACUUGAAGGAUGCUGUUGACAACGAGUUCACCACUCGUGAGUCCAACGUCAUCAUCAUCGGAAAGGAGAAGCCAUGGAUCUCUCUGCCCAAGGGUAAGGGUGUCAAGCUCUCCAUUGCUGAGGAGCGUGACCGCCGCAGGGCGUACGCCAUUGCUCACUAAGCGUGACGCUGGCGUAGAUGUAGGUUAGGAUAUGAAGUACCCAUGAGUUCAUGAAGAUAGGUGCAGGACUCGAUCCCAAAAUUCAGGCGUUCAUGAUCACUUGUGGGGAGGUUGAUCGGAUCUGGAGUCUCUGCAUAUCAUACGAAUACCAUGUGAGGUCUGAGAAAUCAAGCAAAUAAACACUUCAGUCUUGCCCAAACAUGAGAUGCUUUGAAUGGACGUGCGACAGCGUGGAGCCGUGCGGGCUGUGUAACGGGUCGAGUGGAUCUGUAGUGUGGGAGAUAUAGGCGGGAAGCCUCAAACAAAGAGCAUCUCGCGUGGAAUGCGAUAGGUGUGGUAAUAUAGGUUGGUGGCGCUGGCCUGAUCCUUUUCCGGGAUCUGGCUGCGGUUGAUAGGAGGGCGCUACUCUGUGCCCUGUUUCGAGGCGAUAACGCAUUGCAGUG